AUGCCUGCUCCACUGUCUUCUCUAUCUGUCAAAAGGCCGAUCCGGCUGAUUCUGUCAGACUUUGAUGGCACCUUCACGAACCAUGGCAACAAGGUGGUGGAGGCCAACGUUCGCGGGUUCACGCUUGCGCAACAGCUUGGCAUACUGAUCGGGUUUGCGACUGGCCGAGGUCGCCUGUCCGCUGUUCAAGGCCUGGGAGAGGAGAAUUUAAAGCUCAUGGACUAUAAUGGAUGCCCGGGAGUGUACUGCAAUGGCUCCGUUGUUUUUGGGGUUAGUGAGAGCGAUCGGAUAGCGUGCACGCCCGUUUCUCCUGAUCUGCAGAAACGGCUGUUCGAUGCUUUAAAGGCUAGAGACAUGUUGCGGUUUACGGUUGGGCUAACAGAGGCAGACAGCUAUUGUAUCGAAUACAAUACGUGGAGCCUUAUCUGUCAUGAUAGUUUCGCAGAGGCAAAGCCCAUUCUUCUCGAGAAUGAGAGCCGUUUUUACAGCCACUGCUUCAAUAAAGUCAUGGUCUGGCAGCCGAAUUCGACCCUUUUAGCGCUAAGGAAAGAACUCGAGCAGGAGCUAGGUGACGCUGUGGAGUUUACAAUGCCGUACGCUGAUCUGCUUGAACUGUGCACGAAAGGGAACAACAAGGGGUGCGGUCUCAAGCAACUGUCUAGGCAUCUCGGCAUACCAAUAGAGGAGACGCUAGUUGUCGGAGACUCGGAAAAUGAUAUAUCUAUGUUCAAGCAGGCAGGAGUUUCUGUGGCCGUGGCGGACGCGCAGCCAGAAGCCUUGAAUGCCGCAAAAUUUUAUACUGUUUCCUCAGAUGAGGGACCCCUGUUGCAUAUCAUUGAAACGCUGCAGCAAAAGGGACUGUGCCCCUCUCAGUGGGAGCAGGACCGUACUCAAAUCAAGAAUUAA